CCUCUAGAGGAUUUUUUAUGAACUAGUUAUUGUUUACUAUUUAAUAAAAAAACUGACAGAAAAAUUGAGCUGUUUAUUAUAAAGUUGAUUGAAUUAAUAAUAAGAAUAUUUAUAAUAAAAUGCAUAUUUUUUAAAAAAUAUAUUAAAAAUUUAUGCAAUCAUAUAAUUAUGAUUCAAUAUCUCAGAUAUAUUAAUAAAAAUAAUAGUUCUAACUACACAUCAGGUUAUGCGUAAGCGUCAUAAGAAUAUACAAUUUAAACGUUAAUUUAUAAAUUAUUUAAAUAAAAAGUUUGUGCAUAAUUAUUCAAAAUGAUAAGUGAUUAUGAGUUAUUCAAUCAAUUGUGUACAAAAUUUGGAGUAUGUCCACCAAUAGAAAUCUCAAAUGCCAUGAAAAUUGCCAGUUCUACCGGAGAAUUACGACUACCUUGUUUAUCAAUUGUUGUGCCAGUUUGUGAAGUUAUUGGUCGAGUUCUUGCAUCAAGCUGCAAAAUAAAAUUAGUCGAUCUUAGUGAUUGUAUGCUUGUUUCUAAAGGCCUAUCUAAAAUUUUUGAUGCUCUUCAACAAGGCACAAAUAUAACUUACCUGAAUUUAAGAGGAAAUAAUAUAACUGGUCCUAUAGUAUCUCAAUUAGGAUAUAUUUUUCACCAUAAUAAUACUUUAAAAUGUCUUUAUUUAGAGUGGAACAAUUUAGGGACAAAUAUUGAAGAUUUUGAAAAUUUUUGUAAAGGCCUUUGUGUAAAUUAUAAUAUUGAAGAAUUAGAUUUAAGAUAUAACCAAAUUACUCCACGUUGUGCUGAAUUUUUAAGUGAUGUCUUGAAAAAAAAUAAAUCGAUAAAAAUACUUAAUUUAGCAUGGAAUACCUUAGGUGUUCAAGGAGGACAAUUAUUGUUGAAUGGUAUGAAAGAAAAUAAUAGCAUUAUAAAAAUGAGCUUACGUGGUAAUUGUAUACCUAACGAAGUUAUCGAAACUAUUGACAAUUACACUUACAAAAAUCGGAGCAGAAAAAUUGUUUCUCAAAUAAAUAUGAUGAAAGACAUAGAAGAAGCUAGUGAAGCAAUAUUUAAAGAAAACCAUGAAAAAUUGAGGAAUAAUAGUAAUGUAUUUGUUGAAUCAGAAGUAUCCAAUGUAAAUAAACGAUCAAAAGAAAAACAUCAAAUGGAAAAUCAUAUACGUCAAUCUCCUAAAUAUGACAAUACAAAUUUAAAUUCAACUUCCAUUGUAGCUUUAAAUAUUUUCGAAAAGAAAAACGAAAAGAAUGAAUCAGCUAAUUUCCAUUCAAACACUGAUAUAGCUGUAGAAGAAGAUAAUUCAAAAGAUUCAGAUUUAAAUAGGAAAAUUUCUGCAUUAAAUAAAAUUCUUCACGAUCGUACAUCAUUUGUAGAUCUUUUAACAGAUGAAAUUUCUGUCAAAAAUACGGAAAUUGAUUCAGCAAAAUCUUUAAUAAAUCAACUACAUCAAAAAAUGAAUGAAUUAAAGGAUAAGCAUGAAAAUUAUGUUUUAGAAAAAACAAAAGAGAUUUCUAAUUUAAUAGAAACUCAAAAAAUUAAUGAAGAAAAUUGGAAAAAAAUGUAUAAAGAACUAGAGGAAACUCACAAGACUGUUGUAUUAAAAAAUAAGGAAUGGGAGACCAAAGUUAAUCGAUACGAACGUGAAAUUCACGAUAAUUCAGUAGAAAUUAUUUCUUUGAGAGAAAAAUUAAUAAAUGAAUCACAAUAUUAUAAAAAUAUUAUUGCGCAAAGUCGUAUAAAAAUUCAUAAAGUAAAAAAAGAAUUUGAAGAAAAAGAAAAUAAACAUAAAUUAGAUCUGAAUGUUUUAAAAAAUACUUUAAAAGAGACAACACAAGCGUUAGAAGAAUGUCAAGCACAAUUACAAAAGACUCGUACAGAGUUACGUGACACAUUAACCAAUUUAUCUGAUGUUAAAUCAAAAUUAAAUGAUCUUGAGCAGAUUAAUAUAAAGUAUAAUAAAUUAGAAGAUUGUUUGCAAAAAUUAAAAAAUGAAAAAACAUUACUUGAAGACAAGUUUACUGAUUCUCAAAGAUCCAUAGCUAGUUUAAAGAGACAAGUUAAUGCUCUACAAGGUGAAUUAAUAGAACCACAAAGACGUUAUGAUUUAUUGAAAGAAGAAUUGAAUGAAGAAAAAAAUAAAACUGCAAGACUGAAACAAGAGUUGACUGAAGAACGAUCAAGACUUAAAGAGCAAGAUGUUCAAAUACAAAAAAUGAAUCAACAAAUUACCAUAUUGAAUAGUCAAAUCAAUGAGAUUCAAUUAAGUCAUGCUGAUGAUAUUAGAGCCAGAGAAAGAGAACAUAAACACUUAAAAGAAAUUAUAGCUAAUAGAGAACAGGAUUUAAAUGAUUUAAAAGCUAGAGAAGCACAACGAGCUGGUCAGUUAUAUGCAGCAUUUAGCAAGUACCUGAAUCCAAUGGAUGCAACAUUAAUUACAUGACAUUUUCCUUUUAUAAUUAAAAUAAUUCAUGAACAAUUUAGUAAAUUUUUCAUUAUUAAUUUAUAUUUUACACUUUUGUAUUAAAA